AGACAUUCAAAUGUCACAAACACGCUUUUUGGUUUAAUAAUUUGUACAUAUAAUGUAACAUUUUAUUAAAAGACGUAUUUAUAUUUAAUUUUUGUUAAAUAUUAAACUGUACGUGUCAAAAUAAUUUGGGGCAUCCGGUUUACCUGUUAUAGCGGGUAUGCACGUGACAUGACCUUCGGUGAAAGUGACUGCGGUUACGCCCACUGAGUGGCAAAAGUCUGAGCGAAAGCAUUAGCAUAGCGUGAAAAACGCUUCUAAAAUGGGAAAAGUAAUUGUUCGAUCGACUGUGCUAACGGAUUCAACAAAAUUUUGGAGCUGUCUUUUUCUAGACUGCAAAAACAUUUAAAGGAGAAGUGUUCUACAAAGGUAGGAUGGUUUAAUAGUGUUGACAACAUGACAGGAAAAGCAAUGUCUGGCCAUAUGCCAAUGUCCACAGACUACUGGUUGUUUGGAAAGUUGUUAGGUUCAAUGUUAAGGGCAAAUCAAUUCAGUUUAAGUUUUACUGGCGCUUUCGCAGCACCCCCUAGAAAACCAACUGUUUUGUUGAAUGUUUUGCAACUCAACAGGGCGAGCUCCGGCGUGGUCACGUGGAAAAGUGACGUCGUUGCGCAUACCCUCUAUUAUUUUUGAACGGUUGUUAUAACAAACCUGCAAAUGUUGCGACUGGCCAAUCAAAGUCAAGCAUUCCAACGUAUUAAGCAUUCCAUAUGCACGCUUUUAUUACAGUGCUUUUGCAAGCCUGUGAGUAAGAGAGUAAAUAUGUUAUGUUCCUUUUGUCACGGUGUUCGCAGAGGCAGGGUUACAGAUGCCUGGCAUUGCUGACAUUAUUGGCAUUAGCCCUGUAUGUUUUCAUUUUUAGCAUGUGGCCCUUUGGGCCAUCGUAGCAUACUGUUAACUAAAGGACAUUAUAACCAUAUAGUCCUAAAAUGUUACCGCUUUCUCUUUUCAUUAUAGCAUCAAAAAGUACAGAUUGCAAGAUGUAUUGCACUUGUCUUUCAAUUGAGACACAAGAAUGGUUAACAUACUUGCUAUAUAAUAGCCAGUCAGGGUCCUGGUAUAAUGCAUGUCUACAUGUAAAUACUGUUUAAACCAAGUUUGAGUUUUUUUUUACUUUAAGCUCUUGUAUGUGGCCAUUAAACCCCCAGUUUACCCAUCAAAAUUAUGUGCUGUGUGCACAUAUAAGAUACCUUAAAACUGCUUGUUUUGGUAAUGGAUUGACUAGUCUCUGCUUAAACUGAUAAUGUAGCCUACUAUAACCUGAAUUGACCUUUAAGGUCAAUGAGAGAGACAUAGAUAAGGACAUGCCAAACUAAUUCCUAUGCUUUGAUUAAUGGCACCCAUGAUUUGCCACCUGCUGCUUUAUAUUGCUCUCUGCAAGUAACUGAUCUCCAAGCGCUUGCGUGCGCGGCGUCCACAUUUUAAAUAGCAGCCUAAAUUUAUCAGCUUUGUGGAGGUCGUCAAAAAUUCAGACAUCGACAGCGUGUGAGCGGGGGGGAAUACUGUUACCAUCGGUUUAUUAGAUAUACGACUGUCAAAGUGGACCCAUCUUUAAUAAUGCAUGAGAUGCUUGGCUCCUUUACUUCGUAUACGAAUGCUUUACAUACUAACAGCAGGUGCCUUAAAUAAAGUGACAGGUUAACCAACGAUGGGAGUGGGGUCACGUGCUUUUGCCAAUUUUACAAAAUAUUAAGGGAUAAAUCAUCUGUUAUCAACUUUGGAAAAAUAUGUUAUAAAUUACUAAAUUUUUGUUAAAUUUUUAAUUAUGUUACUUUGGCUGAAUGUUUUUAACUAGCCUAUACAUACAAUAUUUACCUGUUUGGCAAAAUUUGAUUUUUUUUAAAUAUAAUUUGUGUAAAAUAUAUUGUCAACUAGUUUAUUUUACUUGAAUUAAGUCACAUUUUUAAGACAACCAGGUAACCAACAUUUUUUACAGUGAAAAUAAUUAAUUAAAUAAUAACUAAUUAUAUAAUAAUACAAAUUGAACUAUAAUUUAACUAAUAUAGUUUAAGUUCUAAUAAAUAAUAAAGCAUGUUACAUACAUAUAUAGACGUUAAGGAGUGCUUGGGCUAAAAUUAUUAUGCUAUAACAUUUCUGCAGAAGUACUUGUCUAAAAUACAAAAACAUUUACAUCGUUGUUGCACAGAUUUAUUAUAAUAUUUUUUACUUAUAUAGAGGGCUUUAUUUAACACAUUAAGGUAUGUUGUUGUCACCUGGUAACCCAAAAUUUAUAGGGACAUUCUGAAACCUUUGUGAAUGUAUAUUUUUUGGCAUUGUGGUCAUUGUUUUGAUCAGCAUUGUAAGAGGUACCCAGAUUUUAUUGUACGAAUUAUAAUGUCUCCUUUUUUUAAAGAAUAAUUCACCCAAAACAUUCAAGACAGCUUUAAAAGCAGAAUAAUACUCUACACAUGCAAACAUUAUGCAAUUUGAAUUUUUGGAAAGGGCUCCAACUUUUUAUUUAUUAUACUAUAUAAAAGUUACAAAAGCCUUGUUAUACACGUUUCUAAAAUGUAAACAUUUGUCCCUCACAUUUACAAUUAAGCUCUUGUUAUAAGACUGUUUCAACAACCCAUGGUCGGGUAAGAUAUAUCCAUAUUCCUCAAACAUCUGCAUUUGUUCUCUCUUUGUUGGGUUGUAUCUCUCUAGGGCCAACUGGCCCACGACUGGCAGCAGACAUUUGCUCUAAUACGGGUGCGCAGCUGUCGCGCGCUAGAGGCGGGCAUUGAUAACAUUCACUUGACAGCAAAUGUUUCUGAACGCGCGUUAUGCAUUGCCCACAAUAAACCGGUGGCCUGUACACAGACUUGUGUUUUGCAGUAGCUUUGUGAAACAUGACAUCAUUUCUAAUAAUAGCUGUGCUGUAUUUAAUGUGUCAGUAGAUUACGUGCAUUUGUAAAAUUGCGAAAUAAACCAUUUGAGGUUCUAUUAUAGGCAAGUUGGUGUUAUAAAUAUAAGAAAUCCGAAUUCGUGCAAUGCACCGUUUGGAGAUAAGAAGCGCGUCGUGGAUGUGUGUUGACCUGGCACAGCCUCUCACUCCUUUUCUCUCACUCACUCACUCACUCACUCACUCACUCUCUCUCACACACACUCCCACCUCCCUCUUUCCCCUCUCCCCCUGCUCACUUGUCACUUGCCCUCUGCUCACACAACAAGUCUUCUCAAUCACACAAACCGCACUGCGGCCCGGUGCCACUAAUCUCCGUGCGGGACGCAGUUCAGAGCAGAUGGAGACACUUCAUACGGGCAUCGCCAGCAGAGAGGACACCGGACCGUUCAAAAAGCCGCUGUUGCAGAAGGAGCAUUGCAACGAUGACGACAACAGCGAAACAAAUUACGUAGACCUCGGUAAUAAGCCGUCGGACAUGAAGUCGGAUAGCGCAAAGACGGUAAAAGUCACUUUCACAGGCGAAGGAAACCAGCUAGCCAUUUUCAAAUGCAAAGGCGAUGCGUCCGUCUCCAGCAGGAGUCCUGGAGGACAAGGGGAGAACGAUAAACACGAUAGUGUCAGUACAAGUUUAUCAGAAGAGUGUCUCCAUAACGUCGAAAUUGAAAAGUGCUACGCUGAAAGACUUUGCGGAGAGCGCGAUCCAUUAAUACGCGUUCCUUCAGACGAUGAGUUUACAGGAGACGAGAGCAAAAAGGACGCGGAAAGCGAACCAAAAAGCGAAACUCCAAAAUAUGAAACUGAGGAGUUGCAAUACACGGAUAUGUACUUGAACAGUCGCUGUGAAUCAAAAGAUGGCACGGGCUCGGCGGACGUGGAGCCGCACUAUAUCACGACGCACGAGAUUCAGCUCACCGAGUUGGAUCACGAUGUGGAUUAUGAGUUUGGCCGCGGAUCCUGCUGGGAUUUCGAGGAUGAUAAUCUGGUAUAUUCGUUUGUCGAUUACGCGUCGUUUGAGAGCGGCGAGAAGACUCGUGGAAGAAUUCAAAGCAAGGCGAAGAGCGGCAAGGUUCCAUCAACUUUACGCGCAGCGAAACUUGGCAGCACCGAGAGUGAACUUUGUGAAUCCGACAAAUGUGCCAGUUCGGACGAGGGUGUGGGUAAAACCGAACACGAACAAGAACACCGAAAUACGACGGGACCUAUUCACCUGUCCAUCAAAACGUCCUCUCGGGCCAUCAACGAGCAUGGUAAUGUCUUGCAACAGAAGAAUCUUCGCCUUCACACCAGACGCGCAGCCGAGGAGAGGCAAUAUUCAUUCAGAAGUUCUGACUCCAAAAGUGAAGCCCUGUACGACCGCUAUUUUAUCCCACCUCCGGGUCGCCAACACCUAGCGAGCAAACUGAGAGUCAAAGACAUCAAUGAAUAUUCCAGUGGCGCGUCCAGUUCCGUUAGCGAGCUUGAUGACGCGGAUAAAGAGGUGCGCAAUCUUACCGCGCGUUCAUUCCGGAGUCUGGCGUGUCCUUACUUUGAUGCCAUAAAUUUAAGCAGCUCGAGUGAGUCUUCAAUGUCAGAACACAGCUUAAGUAUUAACAAAUGGUCUGCUUUCAUGGACUUGAAUUACAGCAACUUGACGCAAGGACUCGACCAGAACAUGCUUGUGCGCAAAACCCCUACGCCCGUUUUGGAGGGGAAUAACGACGCUGACUAUAAAAACAACAAAGAUGCACUUCGUAGUAAUAUACCAAACUCGCAAACCAAUAUACUGUCGUUGAAGAAUAACUUCAACUCUCAGCAGUCCUCUGGGGCUUCUAAAAAAAUAGAGAUACGAAGCAAACCGGACAGCUCUGAAACCAUCACUCUCACAGAAACCUUGAACUUCAGCUGCAAUGUCGGAGCAGGGAUGCCUGCGCGCGAGAGACGCGCGAAGCGCUCAUUGAAUGCCAAUGGGUCACGUUCCACAGCUGAAAUCAUAGGCAUCACACCAACCAAGUGCGAAGCAGAAAACCAGGUUCCAGAAACUGUUGAAACAUUUGAAGAUACCCACAAAAAAGCAAUUUUCGCUUCUAGUCUUUUAAAAAACGUAAUCUCCAAGAAAAUGCUAUUUGAACAAGAGCGCAAAAUGGAAAGGGGCGAAAUUUGCGACACACACCCGAUUUCUCCAUUGUGUCCUCAAUCUAGAGAUCAGGACGCAAAGAAAGAAAAUGAGUUACAAAGUGACAACUCGGAAACUGAAUCUGGACACUCGCAAGAGGAGCUCAAGGAUGUAGCAGACAACGUAUCUUGUGUCUCAGAUGAUGAGCCACCAGAGACCCCGCGUUCCCAAACGGCUGAUCUCACCGAGUCAUCCUGUGCCCCAGGAAUUGCUUCUAAAAUAGACCCAAGAGAUGCCCAACAAAGUCCCGUGACCCCCAGUCAAACGAGCGCUUUCAAAACCUGGAAAGAUGGUGAGCAGGAAUCUGCAGCACAGGGUGAUGUAGAAUCUCAAUGCGCACUGGAGGAAACACCGCCAGAUGCUUCAAUUAGACCCGUGAUGGAAAGCAACAAAUGUGUUGAGGGUGAGAGUAGUAAGAUGAUUAAGAUGUCUCACUUGUAUGUUCCUAGCUCGCAGCUUAUGCCCAAAGAAAAAGAAGCUGUCGGUCUUUCGUUACAUAAUCUAAAAGUGAACAGAGAUGUUGCAGAGUCAGAAGGGGGAGGGUGCGCAAAACAUAGCUCGGGCCAGCUACCGUGCGCUGCGGACCCAGACAAGACCUUACAAUGUCAAAAAGCACCUGAGAUCAAAAUACGCAUUCAAAGUGUCAAAGAAAACCAAGGAAAUCAGUUCAACAUCGCCAACCUUUUAACUCCUAAUAUCCAUUACAACGUCAACCAUAAAAAGGGAGAGUCUAAAAGUAAUUUGCUUACCCUAUCUGAUAGAGUACCGCAUUUUAUGGUGAGGGAUAUUAGAGAUAAUAAAUGUAAGUUCCAGACGCCCAUUCAUCAGGUCAGAGACGUGCGCAAGUUGGUUAAAAGCUCAUACAGGUUGGCACUAGAAAACACUUGUGGCGCGUCAGGGACUUACUCUAGCGCAACACCGGAUGGCAAACCUGUUACAAAAAGACCCUUUCCUACGUCAAUGGUAAUAAAAUGUCAGUCUGUAAACACAAACAGUGCCACAAAAGAUCCUGACCCCAUAAACGUAAGCUCUAAACGCGAGGAGGUCAACAGUGUACACGAAACCGCAAGAACGUCUCAAAAUCUCCCAUCUGAAUGCACUACAAAAAGCGACGGCGUGCGCGCAACAACCAGAGCUCCGUGCGCAAAGCAGCAUUUGACGGAACAACACGAGUUUAGCUUAAAAAUCGAUGCCAAAAAAUCAGAUGGCAACGAGAAGAAACCAGAGUCGAAAGUCCGGAAUCAAAUAGCUCUUGAAAAGUUAAAAGCAGCCGUGAAAACUAUGGAGCAGUUGUACGUUUUUGACAGGAACGAAUGGAAGCGCAAAACGCAAGCGCCACGGGCGAUCACAGACAGUCACGUGCUGCCAUUAAUCACGAAAGAGAAACAGGGGGUCACGACCAGAAGGGACAUCGAUAACGAAUGUGGAAGAGCUGAUAAUGAGAAGUUUACUAGCACGCAGCUGCACACUGAUAAGUUGGCCACAGCUCCUAGCACAGGCGCUGUGAUGGAUGAGGAUAAAAUGUAUAUGCCAACAAGUUCUCACAUUCAGGAAGACACUGCUAAAUUAGUAACCCAAAGGGCAGAUUCUUUGAAUAACAAGUGUGUGUUUAGUCUGGGCGGUAACCUCAAAGCACCCACCCAUACAACCAGAGGGAAUGAAAGCACUCAGCAAAUAUGUUCUAGCAAAAGCUACACCUAUAAAUCUCACAAAGCACCCCUGUCACUGACAAUCUGUCCCCCGAAAGCAAAAAGCGAGGAACGUGGGAAUGACACUGUUUCAGAGCACCAGCAGCAUCAGCCCUCAGACUCUGACAAUUACCUGACCAUCCCUGUUAAAGCUGCAGAUUCCAAACAAACCCAGCCUCUCCCAAAGCCAUCCCAUCAGCCCCUGCAACGCUCACCUAUAGUUACAGAGUCUUGGUCACCAGAAAGUCAGGCCGCCAUGAUAUAUCACCACGCCGUUCCCCUGCCGGCUGUGCCCACCAUACCUGCCCCACAACCCCAGGUACUGUGCCUCACCCCUCCUGCAGAGCCCCUGCAACCCCACGUCCAGCGCAAACUCCUGCUGGACCCCACCACAGGCCAAUACUAUUUAGUGGAAGCCCCUGUGCCCAUGCAGCCAGCCGCCCAGCGGUUUUACGAUCCCGAGAGCGGUCAGUACUUGGACAUUCCUUUAUCGCUCACACCGGUGCCAGUGUCGGUCUCACCGGUCACCCUCAGCCCAGCGGCAACUCAUCCCCCCACGUACCUAGUUUACCCAUCGACCCUGUUGCCACCUCACCCACAACACAGUACCCACUCCUCCACCUGUUCAGAGGGCGAGGAUGCGGUUGAGACGGGCAGCAUGUGUCUGAUCCAGCCGGGCAUGGCGGGACCAGGUGGCACCAAACCUGUCAUUAGUAUCUCAUCGCAGCAAAGCGCCCGUAUCGUCGCCCCUCCGUCCUUUGAUGGCACAACCAUGAGCUUUGUGGUGGAGCAUAGAUAAGUGAAUGAUGGUCUAUGUUUGGUGGAAUGCAUUCUUCUACCUUCCACUUGAAAAACUAUUCCUCAGACAUGUUUCCCACAUCUGUGUUCAUCGAUUCCUUGCAUUGUGCCAUCUGAAAGCGAAUGACUGAAACAAGUCUGUUUUAAAAGACUUCUGUAACAGUUGCUUUUUAUGUAGCAGGCGAUAAUUUGGACUUUAUCAGACUACUUUUUGUUGCCUAUCCAGGCAUCUUGAAGCACUGCAUAGGUAAGGUUGCUGAAUUAAUUUGUUAUAUAAAACGUGAUUUGUUCUUACAUUUUAUGGACCCCUUUUUAACUACCUGUAGAAAGUAGCAGCAAGUUCUGAAUGAGAAAACCAUGUUGUGUGUGAUUGAAAGGAAAAGAAAGAUGUGUAUGAGAACAGGACCGCACAAGAGAUGUGUCUGAUUCCUGUCACAGUGAUGAGAUUUAUUGUCAUUAUAACCAAUGGAUCGAUUGGUAGUUUUGUACAUUGUAUUAUGCUAAUAAGAUUGAAAGCCGUUGUGCAUUUACUACGAAGUUGAAAAUUGUCUCUUUAUGUUCCCAAUUACCUCGGUUUGCAAUGUGCGUAUGUUGCUAUCUGGUAUUUGCAUCCAUAGUAUUUUGUGAUUUUUUCUGUUUUGUUACAUUGAUCUUACAUUAAAGGUAUAUGGAUCUGCAGGUCAGUCUAUGUACCACUUCUAAAAUGAA